AUCCAAUUCAUCAUCAUCUAUAUUAUUAUAUCUGUAAUCUCUUCAGCAGUAGUAUUAUUAACAAUUUAAUUUAUUAUUGUGUACAUAAGAAGAUAAGAGAUAAUAAUGAUGAAUCUCUUCCAUCCUCGAUUUGAUUAUCAUCGUCAUCAUCAUCCUAGUUUCAUCCCCAACUCCAAACCCCUAAUUUCCCUUCAUCGUCCUUGCAGUCGCCUCGCCACUCCUGUCAAGGAGGAUUACGAGAUGAGAGUGGAGGAGCUGAGGCAGUACUUGGAGGGCAGCCAUGGACAAAAACAUAGUUUGGUGAUGGUAGAUGCAAUCCACAGGUUGGGACUCACCAACCAAUAUCGAAGCCAGAUUAAUGCUGCAAUCCUAAACCACCAUUACAGCUUCCAAACAAAAUCACAGUCACAGUCACCGUUACUUCAUUGUAAUGGAAUCCCCAGUCUCGCCAACGUUUCUCUCUCAUUCCGUCUCCUCAGAUGCCAUGGCUACCACAUCACUGCAGAUGUAUUCAAUGAUCUGAAGGGCAGGGGUGGGUGGUCCGACGUGGACAGAAGAAGGCCAGACAUCGACAUCGCCGGACUGAUGGAGCUGUACGAGGCGGCGCAGCUGAGCUUCGAAGGGGAGACUAUACUCGACGAAGCAGAAGAGUUCAGCUCCAAAAUCCUCCAUCAAUACUGCUUAUCCAAUCCGCACACAGACAGCAUACUUUCGAACAAUAUUUAUGUCCGAUUAAAACAUCCAUACCACAAGAGCUUGACGCAAAUUACACAAAGGGACAUCGUGUUGAUCAAGGAUCGCGGCGCAAGCGAAAAACCAUACCGAUGGGAGCAUGCGCUGCGAUCCGUUGUGGAGAUGGAUUUGCAUAUGAAGCAAUCUUUAUUCGAAGACGAAUUAGUCCAUGCUCACAAGUGGUGGAAUGGAUUAGGCUUGUCGAAGGAGCUAAAGUUGGCAAGAAAUCAGCCCAAGAAAUGGUAUAUAUGGUCGAUGGCGAUGCUAAUGGGCAAUAUCGGAUUGUCCGAGGAGAGGAUCUUGCUUACAAAGUCGAUUGCUUUUAUAUACAUUCUAGACGAUGUUUUCGAUCUCUACGGCACGCCACAUGAGUUAGCUGCCUUCACACAAGCCAUAGAAAAAUGGGACUAUGAUGCAGCCGGAACACUACCCGACUACAUGAAGAUGUGCUACAAGGCCCUUCUCGACACUACUAAUGACAUUGCUCGCGCCAUUUACAUCAAGCACGGCCACAACCCUAUCGACUACUUAAAAAAAAUGUGGGCGAAUUUGUGCAAAGCCUUCUACAUCGAGGCAAAGUGGUUUACCUCUGGCAAGGUGCCGAGUGCUCGUGAGUAUUUGGAGAAUGGCAAGGUUAGUUCCGGAGUGUAUGUUCUUCUCGCAAACCUCUACUUCCUCUUAGGACUACAUGGAACCGAAACUCGUGUAGAUUGUGGCAUGUCGACGGUUAUAUCCUCUGUAGCAACAAUUCUUCGCCUUUGGGAUGAUCUUGGAAACGCCAAGGAUGAGCAUCAAGAUGGCAAAGAUGGUUCUUACAUUGCUUGCUACAUGGAAGAUAACCGGCAUGUGUCGUUGGCGCAAGCCCGAGAGCAUGUCAAGAAAAUGAUAGCGAUCGAAUGGAAGCGCCUAAACAAGGAGUGUUUGUGUUCAUACAAUAAUUUGUCGACUACUCGAGCAUUGUUUCAUGAAGCUUCUUUGAAUCUUGCAAGAAUGGUGCCUCUCAUGUACAACUACAACGAUAGCCAACAACUUCCCGAUCUCGAAGAAUUUAUUCAAAAUUUGUUUUCCUCCAAGAUUAGUUAGGAGAAGAAAUUAAUUAGAUGAUGCAAAUGUACCUUCUUAUGAAUAUUAUGUUAUGACAAAUGCUUAAGUAAUGAA